UUUCUCAAAAGUUCUAAUUUUGGUCAAAAGACCUUAUCUUCUCACUGAAGAGAGUGAUACAAAGUUCGAUUCAUCAAUGGCAGCCUUUCAAUUAUCUGGAUCCGUAGUCACUGGAAAAGUCCCUUCUUUUAAUGGGCUUCGCGCCUCUAAACCCACAUUUGCCGCCCCCUCAUUAGUUGGAGCUUUUGGGCUCGGCAUUGUGCAGAGGUCCUACAGGGGUUUUGUUGUCAAGGCUGCCACUGUUGUUUCCCCCAAGUACACCUCCGUCAAGCCUUUGGGUGAUAGAGUACUUAUAAAAAUAAAGACUUCUGAAGAAAAGACUCAGGGCGGCAUUUUACUUCCGACCACUGCACAGACUAAACCUCAGGCAGGUGAGGUUGUUGCUAUUGGGGAAGGAAAAACCAUUGGAAAGACCAAAGUUGACAGCAGUCUUGAGACUGGAAAACAGGUGGUGUAUUCUAAGUAUGCAGGGACGGAACUGGAAUAUAAUGGAGCUAAUCAUCUUAUUUUGAAGGAGGAGGAUGUUGUAGGGGUUCUUGAAACAGAAGAUGUUAAGGAUCUCAAGCCUCUAAACGACCGGGUCCUUAUCAGAUGUCAUCACAUCCAUUUUGAGUUUCAGGUUGCUGAAGCUGAGCAGAAAACCGCUGGAGGUUUGCUUUUAACCGAAGCUGCCAAGGAAAAACCCUCCAUUGGAACGGUCGUUGCGGUUGGACCUGGAACAUUGGAUGAGGAGGGCAACAGAAAACCGCUGACCAUCGCAGCAGGCAGCACUGUUCUCUACUCCAAGUAUGCGGGGAACGAGUUCAAGAGUGCUGAUGGUUCCGACUACAUUGCCCUUAGAGCUUCGGAUGUCAUGGCUGUUCUCUCCUAG